UCAGUGAAGUAGCACAGUAGACUGUCACUGCACGGAAUACAUAGCUACACUUUUCUGUUAUUCAUAACUUUCUGGAAAUGAAAUUUAUACGUUAAGCUUGAAGACUAAAUCCAGCCCAAAAUGACGGUGGACUUUGAAGAAUGUGUGAAAGAUUCACCCCGGUUCAGGGCAAACAUUGAUGAAGUGGAGACGGAGGUGGUAGAGAUUGAAGCUAAACUAGACAAGCUGGUGAAGCUAUGCAGUGGGAUGAUCGAGGCAGGGAAGGCGUAUGUCAGUGCCAACAAACUCUUUGUGAAUGGGAUCCGGGACCUGUCCCAACAAUGCAAGAAGGAUGAGAUGAUCUCGGAGUGCCUGGAGAAGUGUGGGGAGAGCCUCCAGGAAAUAGUCAACUACCACAUGAUUCUGUUCGAUCAAGCCCAGAGAUCUGUGAAGCAGCAGCUGCACAAUUUUGUGAAAGAGGAUGUCCGUAAGUUCAAGGAGACCAAGAAGCAAUUUGACCGCAUGCGUGAGGACAUGGAGAUAGCCCAGGUGAAGAACGCCCAGGCUCCCAGGAACAAGCCCCACGAGGUGGAGGAGGCCACCGGAACACUCAGCAUCACCAGGAAGUGCUUCAGACACCUGGCCCUCGACUACGUACUUCAGAUCAACGUCCUUCAAGCCAAGAAGAAGUUUGAGAUCCUAGAUGCUAUGCUGUCCUUCAUGCAUGCCCAGUACUCCCUCUUUCAGCAGGGCUACAACCUGCUGGAUGAGAUUGACCCCUACAUGAAGAAGCUGGCUGCUGAGUUGGAUCAGUUGGUGAUUGACUCGGCCAUGGAGAAGAGGGAUAUGGAACACAAGCACGCCACCAUACAGCAGAGGACCCUCAUGCAGGACUUCUCGUAUGACGACUCGAAGGCAGAGUUGUUCAACGUGGACGCGCCCAAUGGCGUGGUGAUGGAGGGGUACCUGUUUAAGAGAGCCAGCAACGCCUUUAAGACUUGGAACAGGCGGUGGUUCUCCAUCCAGAACAGUCAGCUGGUCUAUCAGAAGAAGCUGAAGGAUUCCCUGACGGUGGUGGUGGAGGACCUCAGGCUGUGCUCUGUCAAGCCCUGUGAGGACAUUGAGAGGAGGUUCUGCUUCGAGGUUGUCUCCCCCAACAAGAGCUGUAUGCUGCAGGCGGAGUCAGAGAAGCUUCGGCUAGCCUGGAUCCAAGCAGUGCAGGCCAGCAUUGCCUCAGCAUACAGGGAGAGCCCAGACUACCACUACAUCGAGUGUCUGGAUAGGACAGCCUCACCUUCCGUCAGCAGUAUUGACUCGGCCAGCGAGCCUCGGGAACGCAGUGUCAGGGGGGAGACCAUCCUGCAUCGUAUACAGUGUCUCCCGGGCAAUGAGUAUUGCUGUGACUGUGGCCAGGCCGACCCGCACUGGGCCUCCAUCAACCUGGGCAUCCUGCUCUGCAUCGAAUGCUCCGGCAUCCACAGGAGUUUGGGGGUUCACUGCUCCAAGGUGCGUUCUCUAAUGUUGGACUCAUGGGAACCUGAGUUACUAAAGCUGAUGUGCGAGCUGGGAAACAGUGUCAUCAACCACAUCUAUGAGGGAGCAUGUGAGGCACAGGGCCUGAAGAAACCAGGGCCCUCAAGUUCCAGGCAGGAGAAGGAGGCGUGGAUCAAAUCAAAGUAUGUGGAGAAGAAGUUCCUGAAGAAAUUGGGGGCCACAGAGCUGCUUGUGAACGGCGGGCGGAAGACGGAGCGCCGGUGGAGUGUGAAGAAGUGGCAGAGACACAACAGCGCCACCACAGUGCCUAAGACCAGACGGAAAUACCGUCAGGAGCCGGGCAGCGCCUCCCCUGCCACCCUCUUCUCAGCCGCUUCAGCUCUAGAGAGAAAGUUCCGACGAGAGUCACUGUUUUGUCCAGACGAGCUGGACAAUCUGUUCUCUUACUUCGACACAGGAUCUGGACCUCGUAGCCCUGCAGGUCUGAGCAGUGACAGUGGCCUGGGCGGCAGUACAGACGGCAGCACAGAUAUCCUGGUGUUCGGCUCAGUGGUGGACAGUGUCACAGAGGAGGAGUGUGAGGUGUCGGAGGACUCUAGCGGAGAGGCUGAGAUGGAGCCAGAGCCCGAGACCCAGUCGGACCCAGAGGAUGGGCGUGACCUCCACCCUGGGGCGCUGCUCUACAAGGCCUCCCAGGCACGCAACCUGCCCGUCAUGGCUGAGGCGCUGGCCCACGGGGCUGACAUCAACUCCGUCAACGAUGAGGAUGAUGGCAAGAGCCCACUCAUACAGGCUGUGUUUGGGGGCUCCUUGAUAGCCUGCGAGUUCCUGCUCCAGAAUGCAGCUGACGUCAACCAAAGAGACGCAAGGGGGAGGGGGCCACUACACCACGCCACAUAUCUGGGACACACAGGGCAGGUGUGUUUGUUCCUGAAGAGAGGAGCCACGCAGAACGACGGGGACGAGGGUGGACAGGACCCUCUGAGUAUCGCUGUGCAGGCAGCCAACGCAGACAUCGUCACCUUGUUGAGACUGGCCAGGAUGAAUGAGGAGAUGCGGGAGUCAGAGGGACCGUUCGGCCAACCAGGAGACACUACUUACCUCGACAUCUUCCGAGAGUUUUCUCACAUGGCCUCCCACAACCCAGAGAAGCUGAAGCGGAGGAGUGUACAUUUCAGACACUCCUUCAGGUAGCCCACGGAUGGAUGAGAUGUCUGGGAGGUCGUACUUGAAGAGUGCAACAGUCACUUUCCUUACAUCAUUACAGAUUUGAAUAGUGUGUCUAUCCACCUCAUAUUCAGAACCUGACUUUAGGAAUCCUCUCAGAUCCCCAAAUCGUAAAUGUUCUUCACAAAUGAGAACCACUAUUGCAUUCUUUCAAAUUGCCGUACUACAGGUACUAUCUCUACUAAUAAUACCAAUACUGACUAACACUAAAUUACUCCACUCAUCUUAAUGGUGAAACCACUUCUGUCAACAUGCACCUACAGUAUAUGGGAGAUGCUUAGAAAUGUUGCCUCAAAAACAUAGGCCUACAGGUAUGGGCGACGAUAUCAAGAAUGAUUGCCACUGUUAAAAACAUCUGUGAAUUCUUAGAUGCUGUUCAUGACAUGUAUUACUUCUUUGACAAAAGAUAUUGAUGCUUUCAGCAAUUGGGAAGCAUAUUUUGUUGGAGAAUGCUGUAUGUUACAAAUGUGUGAGAUGCAUAUUCUGUCAUCAAAUCAGUCAUUUGUUUUAGUAACUUUUUGUAAUGUAGCCUGUACUUGCUUUAUGAGGAUUUGCUGGACUUGUCCUCUCCUAUUAGCUGUAUGACAUUAUUUUUAAGCGUUGUUGUUAAAUGUUAACUUUAGAUAAAUCCAAGCACUAAACAAUUUCUUAUCCUGUGUUCUAGAUAGAUAUCAGGAGUUGUUGAGAAUUAUGAUAAUUCUUCUUCUUUGUGUGCUCAGAACAGCUUGAUUAUUUUGUUCAAUGAACCAGACUCACUAUAGAAGGAAUAACAGCAUAUUAUUUACAUUGCAAAAUGUUUAGUUUUUUUGUGUGUAAUGCAUUCCCUUGGUCCAUUUAUUUCUUUCAAACUUGAAUUAAGCAGCAAUGUCUCUACACUAUAGCCUAUUUAGGAUGAAUGGAUAGGGUUGUUUCCUUUGGAUACCACCAGUUCUUUGAAAUGUGUUGUAAUGUCAGUAUUAUUUUUCAAAUAAGUUUUGUUUUUAUCCUGGAACUAUGUGGAAGGUGAUAUUUGAUUUCGACUAUGCUGGUAUAGUCUUAAUAUUUUGUUAAAAUGUAAUGUAGAAUGUCUUUAUAUUCAUACCACUAUGCAUUUCAAUGCAGAUAUUGUAUAUAAACGCUGUAGAGGCAAAAUGCUAAUAUAUCUCAAAGGAAUGUCA